AUGUUGAUCCUCCUCUGGUCCGGCCUCGUAGCAGGCCAACUGAUCGGCCCCGUGGGCCCAACCAACUCGCUCGCGCAGAAGACGAUUGAAUGCAGCAUCACCGACUACGGUGCGGUGGCUGACAACCAGACGGACAUCGCCUCGGCCCUGGAGUCGGCCUUCAGCGAGUGUGUCUUACCCAACCGGGGCAGUCGACUCGUCGUGCCGGAGGGCGACUACCUGCUGGGACGGGGGGUGGUGCUCAGCAACGGCACCAACUGGGCCUUCCAGCUGGACGGGCUCAUCACGGCCGCGUACGGGGGCAACUGGACCAUUGAUCGUGGGUUGAUCCUCCAGGGGUUCGCGGGGGCGGAUCUUCUGAACGCGACGGUGAACGGCGAGGGUGACCAUGAGUUUCUGCUAGAUGUGCUGGUGAUCGUGAACGCGGUCGACUUCGAGUUCUUCUCGGCCACCGGACGGGGGGCCUUCCAGGGCCAGGGCUACCUGUAUCGCAACCUCGACAACACGGAUCGUCCCCGGCUGGUCCGCCUCAUCUCGCCCACCAACGCCUCCGUCCACGACCUGAUCCUGGUGGACAGCCCCAAGUUCCACCUGGUGCUGGACUUUGCCGUCAACGUCGAGGUGUACCACAUCACCGUCCGGGGGGCCAACCUGGGCAGUUACGACGGCAUCGAUGCCAUUGGCACCAACUACUACAUCCAUGACAAUGAGGUCACCAACCGGGACGAAUGCGUCUCCGUGAAGAGCCCGUCGCAUCAUGCCCUGAUCGAGAACCUGGUGUGCAACCAGGCCGGCUCGGGCGUGUCCAUCGGCAGCCUGAAUGUGUCUGCAGAGAUCUCCAACAUUGCACGUCCCCCCCCCCUCUGUCCGUUCGUGGCGCAAAACAUCAGCAUCAUCCAGGGCAACAACAUUGCCUUCAUCAAGACAUAUCCCGGGGGGUCGGGCUAUGUGCGCAACGUGCAAUUCCUCAACUUCCGGUCCAAGGCGAGCCUCUACGGGCUUGACAUCGAUCAGUACUGGCAGAACACCCUCGAGCCCGACACAGGGUCCGUGGCCCUCAGUAACCUGACCUUCCGGAACUUCUCCGGCUCCGUUGCGGACGGGGCCCAGCGGCCCCCGUUGUAUCUGAUCGCCAACGACCUCACCUACGCCACCAACGUCACGGUGGCGGACUUCACCGUGUGGACCGAGGCCGGGGACGAGGUCGUCAACAAGAUCAACAACGUGUUCGGGACGGGUGACGAUUCCUACGGGCCCCAGGAUGGCAUCUCGUCCCUGUCCCCCGGCGCGGUGCCGCACCUGUAUACCAGCACGUACACCAUCACGGCCUCCCCGACGGGGUGGGUGGCCCCGACCUAUCCAGCCUGGGCGGCCCCCAGCACCGGCUAUGGCACGGCCUCGCCGAUCCCGGUCUAUACCCCGGCGCCCCUGUGGCGGCCGGGAGGGGUGGAUUAUCACCUGCAUUACUGGGGGAGCUUUUAG